AUGAUCUUGAAUACGCUCUGUCUUCUGGUACAAGGUGUGAGAGGCAGAGCUUGGAGGCUGCUAGGAACUUGUAUCAGAAGUGCUUAUGAGUUGAAUCUACAUUUGAUCGACGCUGGAAAGCCAAGAGGUCACUAUCAACCCUCCAGCGUAGAGCAGUGGUGUAUCGAGGAGGAAUGGCGUCGAGCUUGGUGGGCGAUUUGGGAGAUGGAUGUAUUCGCCAGUGUCAUUCGUCGCUGCCCAGCUGGGAUUGAUUGGUCUCAAAAUGAGACCUUCCUACCAGUUGAGGAUGAGCAAUGGUAUCGAGGGGAGCCUCAGCCCAGUUGCCCCUUGGAGCUCAACGGUGCGGAGAGAUGGAAAACCCUAGUGGCAGCCAAAACCCAGUCACCGAGGGCAUGGUUCAUUAUAAUCAAUUCGUUGAUGAAGGACGCACAGAAUAUUUCAAGCCCCAUGAAUAUCGAAAAGCCGAUGAUACCAGAUUCUCGACACAAGGAGGACAACAUCAUUCCAACCAAGUCUCAUCGAGAGCACACCAGGAAACAGACACCUGCAGUCAGCCGAUUGAACAUUGUACUGAACUCUCUGUAUUGCACAGUCAUGGCUCUUCCGAGGGAAUUGAGAUAUUACGGUCAAUAUCUUGAUUUUAGCGGUUGUGACAUAAAGCACCAGGGAGCAAUCGCACAGCGACAAAUCCACAGUCAUGUAUAUGGCAUAUAUAUGAUGAUCCAGCUUACAAAGUUGAUGGUCCUUAAAUACCACGUCUUCCGUGCAGGGAUGUCCUGGACCUCGCAGCGGAAUUUAGGGUCUGAAAACAGUCCUGACGCCGGCUCAACCAACAUUGCUACAUCUGAAGCUUCUUACAUCGAAACAACAGAGUCGCCUCAUUUGGCACAGUACUUUGAGGCAUCGGAAAAUGUUGUGCGUAUAACUCGAUCCUGCUCUGAGGAUUUCUACACACACGUUAACCCUUUCACGGCAAGUACUACGUGGCUAGCUGGGGCUGUUCAACUACUACACCGCAGCCUGUUGCCCGAGGAAUGCUCAAACAGGGAUUUGAUCAAGUCCAAUUUUGAUUUGCUAUGUCUGACAUACCAGAAGACUAUUGAGUUUUGGAGUAUGUCGAGGGUGCCACUGAAGCAUUGGGAGACCCUUGAGAAUGGGCUCGAGAAGAUGAGGGACAACCCAAGUGGUGAGGAGCGGUAUCAGUAUGAAAGACCUUUUGUCUUCACCGGGGGCACUACAGGCCAUCAGCCACAAUCGAAGAGAACGUCUCCCCAAGCAGCACCGCAAAAUACUGCAAGCGAAUUCAGCAACGUCGAUGAGAUUUUCAAGUAUCUCUCCGCCGACAACGGUACGAGUGACAAACCUGCCCUGAAAACUCUUCUACCACGCCAGACCUCCCUUUCAGGCAUGCAAGGCCAGCAAGACUUUUCAUACCUAUCGUCUCUGGGCAACAUUUACACGCCACGGCCACCUGUGCUUGGUAAUGCUCAAAACCAACAACCUUAUAGUAUGGCAUCUUCUGAACAAGUUCCAGGCACCGAGCAACUGCGCUCAGUGAGCAGUGCCGAAGCAGAAGCUCAUUUCUCUUCAUGUUUCUUGGAUAGUGGGCAGUUCGCACUGGAACGAAACGUUGACAUGGACUUUUCGAACUACCUAGACGAGGUUUUCUCCGGCUCUUAUAUGCCGUAG